AAAAAAUAGAUGUUCCAUUAGUAGCCUUCAAUGCUCACGGCCCACGUGACUAUAGUCCUGAUACAAAUCAGAUAUACAUUUGGGCAUCUGUACGCAUUAACGAAGGUGACGCAUACGACAUUAAUACAGGUAUCUUCACGGCACCAGUUACCGGACUCUACUAUUUCGCCGUUCAUACGUGUAACUAUGCAGGGGUAGAAAAUAAAUAUGCUAUUGUGAAGGAGAAAACUGACAUCGCUACGUCCUACCAAUAUGAUAACGCCGUCAAUGACUGUCACUCAAUGAGCUCUAUCACCACGAUUACAGCCGGGCAAAGAGUUUGGGUGAGAUGUACAACCGGAACUACCAGCAACCAACUGUGGGAAAGUAGUGGUAGAAGCUCCUUCAUUGGUGCUCUAAUUCAUAAAUAAUUGUUAGACGAUGUGUUAUAAGAAUCAUCGAAUCCAACUUUAACCAUCUAUCUAUAAUUAUUUCAUUUUUCUCUCUCUUUUUUUACGUAGUAUGAGACCUGAUAUUUCUAUGUGGAUGGCUUUGAACUGACUGGAUCAUAUCGAGCCUACAAUUUUACUGUGCUUUAGGCAUUCAAAUCUCUUCCCACGCGGCGGCUAGCAGAUAAUUUAAGUCUUGCUUUUGUUUUUUGUUUGUUUAUUUUUAUUCAAUAUAAUACCAUAAAGGAAUAUCUGGAAGAAAAUGAUCCAUCGGAAGCAUUAAAAACAGCAAAAUUACAUGAAAAUUGCAGACUCGUUUUGAUUGAGUCUGUACAUGAGGGAUAAUGAAAAAGUGCAACAUCCCUCAAGUUUGUUUUAAAAUUCAUAUAGAAAUAUGCCGUCAAAAUGGACAUAUUCUCGGUGUAACGGAUAUAUUUUUCUUAAUUAUAUACUUAUAAAUGAAAUAUUGAGAAAUAUUGAUGGAAUUAAAUACGUAUUUUUAUUUUCCGUAUUUUCAUUGUAAAAAAUUUACUUUUCACUGCAGUGAAACAUAUUUUUUGUAUUGUCACUGGUGUCUUGCCGGAAUACUUUCUUCUAAAUUCAGCCAAUACACAAAAUUAAAAGGGAAUUCUUCCUACUCAUAAGGUUAAAAAAGACAAAACAGAAAAUUCAAGUUUUUCUAUUAAUACAGGGUUUAUUUUCAUUGUGGUAUGAAAAUUAUCAUAUUUCACUCGUGGCUACUGCCACUCGUGAAAUAUUUAUUUUCAUACCACUCGAUGAAAAUGAAUCCUGUAUUUAUGGAAGCAACUUGAAUAUCCUCUAUUUUACCUCUGUCUUUGUCUUAAAUAGACCAAACAUUUCAUGUUAACUUGUUAUCCAAUUCAUUUUUUUUUAAAGAGGAAGCGAUACCCUGGCAUUUUGUGACUAUCUAGAGGCUAUAUUGACAACAUAUUGGUAAUGAUUUCAAACUCUUUUUGUUAUUUUAAAAUAGGUAAAAUGAACAAAUACUUUACAUAUACCAUAGAAUUUUUUAUAUUUAUAAAAUCGAUUUUUUGCACAAAAAAAUUGUUAUUUUGCGACUUUCAAACUGAUGUUAUAGCAACAAAUCUCCCGUACUCAGUAAAUUUUAAAUAAAAAAACGCUAGAAACGUCGAAAACUAAAGCAAGCGCUUGUUUUAAUUGAACUGAUUAUAUGUCAUGUUUAGUUACAGAGCCUUGCUUUCUUUAGAAAAGCUGGGUCCGCUGGACGGAAUUGUCAAAUUCACGUUAGUCCAUCUGUUAAGCCACAGCUAACGCUGAUACUCUCGACAAAGAUGAGUAUAUUCACACAAUGCCCCAAUGCUCUCUGAGGAAAGACUGUCAUUCUGCACCUUCAUAAGUAGCAACUGUUGUAACAAUAUAUUAAUUUAAGAACGAUAACGGUGUGAAAAUUGUGAUUGUGAAGUUCAGUGAGUGUUUUGGACUGUUAAAUAUUUCAUUACAUUACAAUACGUUUUGUAUAUAUAUAUAAAACGCGUUAUAUUACACGUUAUGUUACACGCAAAGAUAUUUCAAAAUCUCCUUUCAGAAAUGUCAGUAAAUUAAUUAAAUAUUGUUGCAUAUAACAUAGAUUAUGUGGAUCAUGUGAAUACAUUAAAGGACUCAUUUAAGACCUUUUGUGAUAAAGUAAAUUAAUAAGCAGAUAUAUGCAUGCACGACUUUAAUAAUGAUGUAACUUGCUUGAUGACUCAUCGCAAUGUUUUGCUGACCACAGAGAAUGAUAAAUUUAAUCUCAACAACUAAUUUUAGAAUGUUACUAUUCUUUUAAAUAAAUGCAUAAAAUUGGGAAG